UCACCUACAUAUUUAAAACAUUUCUAUAUUUCAAAUGUGUUUUCUGUUGCUCCAAAAUGUAUGACUUGUAUGCUAAAGCAGUUUGAAUGCUGUUCAAUGGAAGACAUGUAAAACACAACAGAAUCCAAAAUAUGACAGAAAAAUUAAAAUGAGUGUAAAACUAAGCAGCUACUGGGACUGAAACGGCAACGUACAGCUCCGCCCACCCGGUGUUCCCUAAUAACCAAAUCGAGCGCACCAAGCAGACGUGACUUUCACGUCUCUGGAAAGAAAUUCUUCCUGCUUCAUAAACAGGACUGUCAUACUUCCGAGCAGCACCUGAAGUGAAACUGUCCUCUUCACAUAAACUUCUAUCUUCAGAGGUGAACUGAUGAUGAACUGCUGUGGUCUGAUAACUGUCCAGAAGGAACCAGUUCCUCUGCAGAGCAUUGAGGUGGAGCUGGAGGUGAAGGACCAUGUGGCCACAGUGGUCUCCACUCUGAAGUACCAGAACAAAGAGGACAAACCAGUAGAGGCUGUGUUUGUCUUCCCUCUGCCUGGAGAUGCUGCUGUCUGUCAUUUCAGUGCUGUGAUUGGACAGAAAGAGAUUGUAGCUGAGGUGAAGGAGAAACAGGAGGCUCGUGAGGAGUAUGAUGAUUCAUUGAGCUCUGGUCAGCAGGCCUUCCUAUUGGAGGAGAGUGAACAGAGUCCAGAUAUAUUCUCUAUGAAGGUGGGUGGUCUGGCUCCAGGAGAGAGCGCCUCCAUCAGGCUGGAGUACGUGACUGAGCUGGCUGUGCAGGCUGAUGACGGGCUGAGGUUCUGUCUGCCUGCUGUGCUCAACCCUCGCUACCAACCUCAGGGUAGUGAAGGUGCCAGUGUCCAGGUGUUCUCUGUUCCAGCCUCUCUGGUUCCCUACACUCUGUGUUUUUGUGGCCGACUCUUCUCUCCUCGUCCAAUAUGUAAAGUGGAGUCCAGCUGCUCCCUGGAGCCUCUGCAGUACCUGAACACUGAUCAAACUCAGGCCACGGUGAAGUUGGCUGCAGGACACAAGUUUGACAGAGAUGUUGAGCUUGUGAUUUAUUACAAAGACGCCCACCAGCCCACUGCUGUGGUGGAGGCAGGACAGACCUCUGCAGAGACUGGCACUCUGAUGGGUGAUCCAGUGGUGAUGGUGAGUCUGUAUCCUGAGUUCCCCCAGUCUGUGAUGUCUUCAGUGGCCUCAUGUGGAGAGUUUGUGUUCUUGAUGGAUCGAUCUGGAAGUAUGGGAUCAUCUAUGAACAGCAAAGAGAGGCAUCAGACUUGCAUCAUGAGUGACAGGGAUACUCUGCUGCUCCUGUUGAAGAGCUUACCAAUGGGCUGCUACUUCAACAUCUACAGUUUUGGGUACAACUAUGAACACAUUUUCCCUCAGAGUGUGGAGUACAACCAGAAGACCAUGGAGGAGGCUCUGAAGAAAGUUGAGGAGAUGGAGGCUAAUCUGGGAGGAACAGAGAUCCUGAAGCCUCUAAAACAUAUUUACAGCCAGCGCUGUAUUCCUAAUCAGCCUCAACAGCUGUUUGUCUUUAUUGAUGGAGGGGUGGUAAACACCAAAAAAGUUCUAUGUCUAGUGAAGAAGAAUUCAAGUUGCCACAGUUGUUUCUCUUUUGGGAUUGGAGAAGGAGCCAGCUCUGCUCUUAUCAAUGGGUUGGCCAAAGAAGGAGGAGGACAUGCUCAGUUCAUCACAGGGACUGACAGGAUGCAACCAAAAGUCAUUCAGUCACUGAGAUUUGCUCUGCAGCCUGCUGUGGAAGACAUCUCAGUCACAUGGGGUUUACCAAAGGGAGUGUCUGUCACUGUCCUGUCUCCACCAAUCACAUCCAUUUUCCAGGGUCAGAGGUCACUGAUUUAUGGCCAGCUCACUGGACAGGGAGCAGCAGCUCCAUCUCAUAUCCGAUAUUCCAUGUGAUUGUCAAUUUCAAGAGAAUUACCACUUCAGAUCCCUUGGUGAGUUGAUGAGUUUUGGAUAUAAGCAGUCUGCAAUACUCGUAGACUUAACUUCCAUCAAGUCUUCACGUGUGGUAAGUUGUGGACAAUAGGAUUCAGCCUCUCCCUGUAGGAGCCUUGUUGGUAGAACUCGUGUCAUUCCGCUGCCAGUAAUAUAACCCAGUUUCAUUUGUGUUGUUGCUGUCUUCUGUGACAAUGGAUGUUUGUUCACCAGAGUGAACAAACAUGUAGUUACAUCCCGCCUGUCUAGGGUAGUCGGAUGGUAACAAAGAAAGUAACACAAAGCAGCAUUAUAGAGUGAUGGGCUGUAAUUUAUUUUGAAAAGAAGGUGUACAUAAUAAAUUAAACAAAAAGUGAGGGUGUUAAAUGCAAAAAUGGUGCUACAGAAAUAAAACAACAAAACAUAACCAAAAGCGAACUUUGUUUAGAAGUCGAUAUUUAGCAGAUAAGAAAAAUAAAAGGUAACUAACGUAAAGAAACUAUUUAACUGAAGUACAUCGCAGUAGCACCCCUGGCUGAACUAACAAUGAAUCCUUAAACUGUCAAUGUUCCUCUCACUAGCAUUUAAAAUCCCCCACAGGCACUAGGAGCACAAACACCAACAUUUACAAAUUUGUCAACCGGGCGGCUCAGCUUCUCCUAUGAGCUGCCACCAAAAAACUGAAUGAAUGAGCCUUUUGAAAGCUGCGCUGGCAGCAUGGUUGGAGGAGAUCACCUGUCCUGAACCAAUCCUUCAGCUCCUCAGACUGUAGGCGGGCACAACCAUAGAGAUGGGAUGGACGAACGAAGGUAUUCGCCAGGCUGCUGGCAGCUGUUCACAAUACAAAUCAACAUGAGGAGGAGAACAGCGGCCCAGGGCCGUAACACGUCCUUUAUCAUUUCUGUUCAGUUGAAAUCUGACAAAUGCUUCUCCAAUGUACAUUAUGGUUGAAGGUGUCCAUUUGGUGGAACCUUCUCCCAUUAGGUUGGACAGAUUGAUGGCCUGUUUAAGUAGGAUUGUAGAGUGAGUAGACUAGAUCUCAUCAUGACAUUCUGAGGGUAACUGAAUUGCUGGGAAUUUUUGGACCUGCUGUUUAAACAAACACAGCAACACAUCAGCUGCCUAAAGACAAGGGUUCCGGUUAUAUAGUUGGUUUUAUGCCACUUAGCUUUGGUUGUAGCUUGGAUUAAUACCCUUUAGUUUGAGAUUUGGUCUUGAUGCAGACACAGAGUAGGCUUUGUGUUUUUGCACUGUUUUAAUGUGUCAGUUUAAACCCCAAGUCCUGAUGGUUUCUCUCAGUCUCAAAUACAGUAUUUAUACCUGGCAUGCAACAAGCUAUGUAUUUCUGGAUGUACCUCAAUAGUAAGCAGGAAGACAGCAGAUGAGAGUCCAUCAAAUUUACUGUCAACUUCACUCUGGUUGCUGUUGUAGAAACAAACUGAUAUGCAAUAUGAAAACACUAAAACCUGAAAACAUUCAUAAACAGUUGGUUGCAUUUGCUUGCAGUAAACAUGUUUUCUGAAACUGUAAUGCUUUCUCAGAGUACAGAUGCAACAGACGGUUGUGUGACGGUGAGGUGCAGCCUGCCAGGUCAGCCUUUGGAGAUGAAGCUUGUCUUCAGUGUCAGACCUGCAGUGGACACUGGAUUAACUGUCCACAGGUUGGCUGCUUGCACUCUGAUUCGCUCCCUGGAGAUGGAGGACAGAGAACAACAACAUGGAGGAAUGAAGGAGAAGGUGGUGCAGCUCAGUGUCCAAUCAGGAGUGAGCAGUUCUUUCACUGCUUUCAUUGCUGUCAACAAAGCAGAUGGCAAAGUGAUUCAGGGACCUCUUGUGCGCAGAAAUAUCCAAUUAAGUGAGUAGUGCUUUUGUUUGCUUUCACAAAAAUAAUGUGUCACCCACUACUUUGAUAGAAAUAACGUGAAUGAUACUGUACUAAAGUAAAACGUUACAGAGCUGUACCUAUGAUGAUCCAACAUUUGAAGCUAUACAAUCAGUGUAAGGUUUGUUGCAUUUUUACUUUGUUUCACAUAGAAAUUGAAAAUAUUGUGAAUACGGUAGAAACUUUACGGUAUUCAUACUUUUUAAAAAUUUUAGUGUCACUUAAGUGUCCCUUCUUAUGGCCGCUGGGAGUAAAUGUAUUGAAAACAUACACUACUGUUCAAAAGUUUGGGGUCACUCAGGCAGUUUCAUGUUUUCCUUGAACACUCACACUUUUAUUCAUGUGCUAACAUAAUUGCACAAGGAAUUUUCUAAUCAUCAAUUAGUCUUUCAACACCAUUAGCUAACACAAUGUAGCAUUAGAACACAGGAGUGAUGGUUGCUGGAAAUCUUUCUGAAAUGAAUAAAAGACGCCCACCACUCCUCGUGGCUGCAGUUCAGUAAAGUUGGAAAGAUAUAUGUUAUCAAAACAUAAACGAUACCUCUUUUCCAUCGUUGUAAGGUAGAUA